AUGGUCUGCCACAACAGCAAGGGAACACCCAAAACGGUUAGGCUAACCAAAUUCUGGUCUACACCAUUUGUUGGGUACGACCUAGUAUUGGGGUAUCUAUGGCUGGCUGAGGCAGACCUAUGUAUCCGUUUCUCCACAGGAACCUACGAGUGGUUCACUGACGACGUCGAGAGAGUCCAGCUGGUGACCGCCGAACAAUUGUUCAGUGAUCUGGAGCCAGGCGAGCAGCCAUACCUGCUACAGCCCGAGAGUCUGGGCAUGGGUGGUCCAGCGGACGUCCAUCGGACGGACGCCGGACAGACGCCGGACGCGCCCCUCGCCGAAUGGUCAAGGAUCAUGGCAGUGGGAAUCGACGGCGGCCCCAUCCCAGAAGAUGACGCCCCAGAUAUGGAGGAGCUCAAGUAUGUGCCAGAGCACCUCCAUCACAAGUGGUUUGCCUUCAGCAAACGGCAGACGAGUGUGUUGGCACCACACCGGGAGUAUGAUCACUCCAUAGAUAUCGAGGCUGGUGCCAAGGUUCCCAACCUCCCGAUCUAUAACCUGUCCCGCCGAGAGCUGGAUAUACUCCGGGAAUACCUCGAGGCGGCACAGGAGAAGGGCUGGAUCCGCCCAAGCAAGUCGCCGGCGGGAGCCCCCAUCCUGUUCGUCCCCAAACCCGAUGGUACUAUGAGACUGUGCGUCGAUUACCGGGGAUUGAACAAGAUAACCAUCAAGAACCGGUAUCCUAUCCUACUGGUGAGCGAAAUGAUGGAUCGACUGUCGAAAGCGAAGGUCUUCACUAAGCUGGAUCUACGUGACGCCUAUCACAGGCUCCGGAUCAAGGAGGGCGAUGAGUGGAAGACCGCGUUCAAGACGCGAUACGGUCAUUUCGAAUACCUGGUCAUGCCGUUCGGGCUGGCCAACGCACCAGCCACGUUCCAAUCCUAUAUCCACCGAGCCCUGGGAGGCUUACUAGAUAGGAUCUGCGUGGUGUACCUGGACGACAUCCUUAUCUAUUCCCAGAACGAGGAGGACCACGACAAGCACGUUGAGGAGGUCCUAGAUCGUCUGGUUGAGUGGGGGAUGUUCGCGAAGGCAAGCAAAUGCGUCUUCUCCAGUAAAUCAGUGGAGUUUCUGGGAUUCGUCAUCACCCCAGACGGUGUGGUAAUGGACCCUGAGAGGGUCCGUACCAUCACUAAAUGGCCCAAACCAUCUAGUUAUAAGGAUAUUCAAGUGUUCUUAGGCUUUGCCAACUUUUAUCGGCGAUUUAUAUUUAACUAUUUAGGAAUUGUCCGGCCGCUCAUCGACUAUAUGACGGCCGCCCAGCGCCUGGAGGAGGACUGGGGGGUCCCCGGUCAAGAAGAGGGGGGGGCGAAACUAAAGAAGAGUUGGAAGGGACUAACAAAAUGGUAUAAACCAUGGCACUGGCCAGAGGAAGCUCGCACGGCGUUCCUUACGAUUAGGGAGAAGUUCACAGGGGCCCCAGUGCUUCAGCACUUUGACCCGAACAAGCCUAUUAUCGUCCUUACUGACGCGUCAGAUUUCGCCAUGGCAGCCAUCCUGUUGCAACCCCAAACGUCCGACCUGGCCACAGAGCUUCACUGGAAGCCUGUGGCGUAUUGGAGCCGGAAGUUCACGGGCCCAUCCAUCAGAUGGCACACCCACGAUAAAGAACUGUCUGCGAUCGUCGAAGCCUUUAGGCAAUGGAGACACUAUCUCAAACACGCCCCGGCGACGAUCAGAGUACUCUCAGAUCACAACAACCUGAGGUACUUCAUGACAACGAAGGAGCUCUCUCCUAAACAAGCCCGAUGGGCGGAGGAGCUGGCAAGAUUCGACUUUGAAGUCGAAUACAAGCCGGGACCUGAAAACGCAGCGGACGGCCCAUCGAGGCGUCCAGAUUACGCACAAGGUCUUAAGGUUGGAGAACAGCAGGCCCUGCGGGACGCCAUGCUACCCACCUUACAACAGAAGCUUCGGAUCUAG